ACACACACACACACACACCUACAGCAAGUACAGUCUCAUGCUACCCAUUCCAUAGGACUGUGCAAAUAGGUUACUCACUUUACACUUGACUUAUUAUAGAGAAUUUCAAGGUUGCCAUAGUAGCAAAGUGAUUCAACACCUUUGUGUUGGUCAGUAUAACUAAGCAAGCAUUCUAAUAGCUAAACAGUGUGGCAAAUGAAAGAUAUGUACUAAGCAUGGCGUGGUCUAGAGCAGUCAUAGAGAUAGCUGAGCCUCCCAGUGAUACAUUCAAUAAGACAACAGUUCUACUGAGAGCUGUGCAAGGGGGAGUUUGCAAACAAGUUAGAUUCUUCUUGGAGCAUGGAUGCGAUCCAAACCAGUCAAGUGGUGCUCGGAACAUACGCCCUCUAAUGAUGGCCUGUUACGUCCAAGAUGACAAGAAACGAUUGUCGAUUAUGAACUCACUUUUAAUGUUUGGGGCUGACCCGUCACUGGGUGAUGUGAAGUCAAGGAACUCUCUGAUGUAUGCGUGUGCUCUUGCCCCUAGAAAGGUGGUGGAGGCUUUGUUGUACGCUGCUGAUUACGAUCUGAAUGCUGUCGAUGAUAAUGGAAACACUUCUCUCCACUUUGCAGCAAUAGCUGGGAACAUUGGUGUACAAGAUGCUUUAGUGAAACGACUACAAAAGCUCCAACUUGAUAUGAACAUUAGGAACGAUGAAUUUCUCACUCCCCUCAGUACAGCCUUGCUAAAUCAGAACACGGAAUGCGCUCAAGCCCUCUACGAUAUUGGAGCUCUACCACGGUUUACUGAUCACGAGUUUCAAAAAAUCCUGUCUGGAAUCGCGGGGAACAACCACAGGAUGAUCAUCGACAAACUUAUCUCCAAGGACUUGAUUGACAAAGCCACUGUACACACUGCCUUCCGUACAUCUGACACACGCCAACUAGAGAGCUUGACGAAGCUAUCGUGUCGGCUAUUGCUGCAAAGACAAAGUACGUAUCUUGAGCCUGUGUCCAGGAUUCGUAGGUCAUCCAGGAGCCGUUCUCUCUCCACUUGUCUGCCUAGUAUUCACCACUCCCCCUCCGCAAAGAUAACACCAAUGAGAAGCCGCACAGUAGAACCACUUGUAAUGGACGGAAAACGAGGCAGUUCUUUUUCUACAAUCAGUAGCGUGCUACCCCAAUCGAGUUUUGAGGUGUAUGAUGAUCUCAUGAGUCGUUACUACCGAGCCAGAAACUCCACCCUCUAUUGCCCACCCUCAAAGAACGUUGUGAAGAUUGAUACCAAGUGGAUUGAAUCCAUAAACAGUGUACAUGUAGCUGUACCUGUUAAGCAGGAAGAACAGCCACCAGCGGCGGAUGUGUGUGUCUCACCAGAUGGUGCCAGGCCUCCACGAAAACUGGCCAGAAUGUCUAGUACCCCAAGAACUCCCUCGGGCAGUAGACCCAGAUUAUCUCGAAUGGUCACUUCUCCAGGAUUCUAGUUAGCUAGUGUACAUUGUGUAUAGUGAUCAUAACUAUAGUAUACAUGUACAUAAGUAUGUAUACGUCUAUUACAUUUUUCACCAUCACAUGUCAACUUUGUUAAUGAGAAUCAAUAUGUAAUCAUUUUC